AUGGAGAAGCUACAACUUAGCUUGAAACUCCUGUUUUUGGUACUUUCUCUUCUGUGCCAUGAUGGUAAAGCUUCUAUAUCAUCAAUUGGUGGGCUCAAAAUGGAGGAAUUGUUGCAAGAAGAGCCCUCUCAGAACUUCACUUCCACGAAAUUUGGAUCAGAUACGUCUUUCAGCCUUUCAUCAGCGUAUCUUUGCUCCCAAAGUGGGCGCAAAGAAAAUGACAAGAUUCAAAGGCUGCCUGGACAGCCUGACGGAGUAGACUUCAACCAAUAUUCAGGAUAUGUUACUGUUGAUCCCAAUUCAGGACGAGCUUUGUUUUACUAUUUUGUCGAAUCACCAAGAAACUCUUCAUCUAAUCCACUUGUCCUGUGGCUCAAUGGAGGUCCCGGUUGUUCUUCUCUUGGAGCCGGAGCAUUGACGGAACUUGGGCCAUUUAGAGUUGAAAAAGGUGGCAAGACUCUCUACAGAAAUCAAUAUGCAUGGAAUGCAGAGGCCAAUAUCAUAUUCUUGGAGUCUCCAGCUGGUGUUGGAUUUUCAUAUACAAAUACAACAUCAGAUUAUGAUUUCACUGGGGACGAAAGAACUGCAGUGGAUACGUAUACGUUUCUAGUCAAUUGGCUUGAGAGGUUCCCCGAGUACAAGACUAGGGACUUUUUUAUUGCAGGAGAGAGCUAUGCUGGCCAUUAUGUACCUCAGCUAGCUCAAGUGAUACUACACGCAAACACUAAUACGAACCAUACUAAAAUCAAUCUAAAAGGAAUCGCUGUUGGCAAUGGGUUGAUUGACUACGAAUCCUACAGUAGGGGAUGGUUAGACUAUUAUUGGACUCAUGCCCUUAUAUCAGACGAAAUAUAUAUUGGACAUAAAUCCAACUGCAAUUUCUCGUCUCCUGCUCCUCCAUCUGAUAUAUGUCGCCAAUAUCAAGACCAAGUCAUAAAUGCCACUAAGGACAUAUACCCUUACGACAUUUUUGCGCCCUUGUGCAAUUCCACCUCUUCAUCCACUCUGAUCUCAGUCUUUGAUCCCUGCUCGCUGGAUUAUGCUUUCGACUACUUAAACAACCCCGCAGUUCAGAUUGCUCUUCAUGUGGAUGCUGCCACUUUUCCUUAUCCCUGGGAACUGUGCAAUCUUACCAUGAAUGGUAGCUGGAAAGACCGACGUUUGCCUAUACUACCAAUUAUCACUGAGUUGAUGGAAUCCGGAAUUCCAGUUUGGAUUUACAGUGGUGACACGGAUGGUGCAGUGCCAGUAACGUCCUCAAGGUAUGCCAUCAAUAAACUUGGGAUAUCUGUGAAAACUCCCUGGUAUCCUUGGUACCUCCAGAAUGAGGUUGGCGGAUAUGUGGUUGAGUAUGAAAACUUGAUGUUCGUUACCAUAAGAGGAUCUGGACAUUUUGUUCCUAGUUACCAGCCAGCAAGAGCCCUUGCACUCUUCUCUUCAUUCAUUGACACGCCAUUGGACUCUUUCCCUUCUUUCGUGAAGAAACUAUGCCGCUUUCAAGCUAGGAUUGUUGAACAGGACAAUGCCAAGAAGAACCCAUUCUCCAUCAAAGUCAGGAUGCAUCAAAAGCUGGAAGGUGGAGAAAUUGUGGAAGUUGCAUCCGUCGAUCACGCCAAGGUCACCAAAUCUGAAUCUGAUGCAUCUGCCAAGGCUUUUGCUGUGCAUGUUAGCCCCCAAGAUGGACUCAAAGAGAGAGACAAAAUUGACAGAUUACCCGGGCAACCUGAUGGAGUAGACUUCAACCAGUUUUCAGGCUAUGUUAAAGUAGACUCUGGAAGAACUUUGUAUUAUUAUUUCGUUGAAUCCCCACAGGAUUCAUCUUCCAAACCCCUUCUCAUGUGGUUUGCCGGAGUGCCUGGUUGUUCUUCCUUUGGUGUUGGAGCAUGGACGGAAAUUGGGCCAUUUAGGGUCAACAAAGAUGGCAAAACUCCGUACCGUAACCCAUAUGCCUGGAAUAGUGAGGCCAAUCUCAUCUUUGUUGAGGCACCAGCUGGUGUUGGAUUUUCAUACUCAAACACGAGUGCAUAUUAUGAACGUAUUGGCGACACCCUCACUGCAUACGAUACAUAUACCUUCUUAGUCAACUGGCUCGAGAGGUUUCCAGAACACAAGAAUAGAGACCUUUUUCUUGCAGGAGAAAGGUAUGCAGGCCAUUAUGCUACGCAACUUGCUCAGCUGAUACUCCGUCAAAAUAACUACUCAAAUCAGAUUACUGCGAUCAACUUAAAGGGAAUUGCACUCGGAAAUUCGUACAUUGACUAUGAAUCAAGUUUCUACGGAUCAUUAGACUAUGCGUGGACACAUGCCCUCAUAUCAGAUGAGAUAUAUAACGGAGUGAAUUCCAAUUGCAAUUUAUCUUUAGUCAUUCAAUCUGAUAACUGCUCUGAAUAUCUGAACCUAAGUAACAAUGUCACUGAAGGCAUCAAUCCUUAUGAUAUCUAUGCAUCCUUGUGCAAUUCUACACCUGGAGCGGCUCCGUAUUCAUAUGUUGGCCCGUGCUCCACCGACUAUGUCUCGGAUUACAUGGAAAAUCCUGAAGUUCAGAUUGCUCUUCAUGCAAAUAUUUCCACCGUUCCUUAUCCGUGGAAAAUUUGCAACGGGGACACUGAUAGUGCUAUUCCAGUAACAUCUGCCAAAUAUGCUGUUAAUAAGCUGAAGUUAUCGGUGAAAACUGCAUGGUACCCAUGGUACCUUCAAAAUGAGGUCGGAGGCUACGUUGUUGAAUACCAGAACUUGACAUUCGUUACCGUCAGAGGGGCCGGAGUUUUUGUUCCCGACCAUCAACCAGCGAGAGCCCUCGCUCUCUUCACUUCAUUCAUCAAUGCACAGUUGCCCCCCUUCCACCUGGACUUUUAUUCGGGAUGA